AUGGACAGCAGAAAUAUGGGAGGAAGGUUGGUGAGCGGACACGUCAAACAUCAUGAGGUGGACAGGAAAAAAAUUCAAGACCAGGACCAAGAAGACGGAAGGGAAGGGGGUGCGGGGGGUGUGGACAACGUGAUGGAAGGCAGAUGGGAUUCAGAAGUUGCAGACGAUGAGUUCGAAGGAGAAUUAGAUGAUUCAGAGGACAUGGCAGCAUCUAGCAGCGAGGAAACCGGAAAUUUCGAUCAUUCAGAGUCUGAUAUCCAUGCUGAAGAAAGAGCCAGGAUUCUUGGUAGUGCAGUGGAGACCGACAUGUCGCGCAUCGCUGCUAUGGGGUGCCUUUUUGGAGCUUGGCUCAAUCUGCGUGCGGGUUUGAGUCGUACAAAUACAAACAUUGCACUUAAGGCCCUGGUUUUUAUCAUCAAUGCACUCUUCUCUGUGAUACAAGUGCUGGCUAUUCAGCUUCUGGGCCAGGAGUUCGAUAUUUCUCCCUCAAACAUUCCGAUUGACAUCUGGACUAUCUACGGACGUGUCGGAGUAGAGCCAACCAUCAUUCGCCGAGCUUGCUGUCCUAAAUGCUUCACGCUGUAA